AUGAAAAUCCAUUAUAUUAAUAUAUUAUUGUUUCCUCUAAAAUUAAAUAUAUUGAUAUAUAAUCAAAGGAACCAUAAAAGCACCACACAUCAUACAUUAAAAAUACCAAUCACUAGAUUAUUAUGCGAAUGUGAAUUAUAUACACCUGCCAACUAUGAUAAUGACCCACAAAUGAAAGAAGUUAUGGAUAAUUUCAAUCGUCAAACACAACAGAGAUUUCAUGAAUAUGACGAACGUAUGGUCGAAAAACGAAUGCAAUGUAAAGAUAAAUGCGAUAAAGAAAUCCAAAAAAUUAUAUUAAAAGAUAAAUUAGAAAAACAAAUGGAACAACAGUUAACCACAUUAGAAACAAAGAUAACCACUGACGAUAUACCUACAUGUCUUUGUGAAAAGUCUGUGGCGGACAAAAUGGAAAAAACAUGUUUGCGAUGUGCAGGUGUAUUGGGAGGUGGUGUGAUGCCUGGAAUGGGAUUGAUAGAUGGAAGUCUUUUAGGUGCUAUAAGUGUGUUGAAACCUGCAGCAAUUAUAGCUGCUAAGGAUGCGGCCUUAGCUGAGGCUACUGCUCUUGCUACGCAAGCUGGUAUGAGAGAAGUCGUCCUUAAAAUUGAGCAAUUUCUUAAGCUUUUUUCUGAAAAAGAAAAAAUAUUUGAUUUGAAACUAAUUGUUAAUAAAUCAAAUUUCAGUUGCGGUUCUUCUCUAUUUCAAAAUGCUAAGGAACUAGCUAAUAAAUCCUGUGUAGCUAAACCAAAUGGAAGUUAUACUUCUUUUUGUAAUUCCAUAACGUACAGUCGUGUAGAACCGUUUAAUGGUUACGCGCAAGCUGGUAUUACUAAAUAUAAUGAAACAUUACCAUUACAAAAAGCACUACUUGAAAAAGCAAAGGUGGAUGCAGUAAACACUACAUAUGCAGCUUACCACACUAGUAUUAUUGCUUCCAUCGUUGCAGUUGUAGUUAUAGUUUUAAUUAUGGUAAUUAUUUAUUUGAUUUUACGUUAUCGACGAAAAAAAAAAAUGAAGAAAAAACUCCAAUAUAUAAAAUUAUUAGAAGAAUAG